GGUGAAUAAACCUUGUGUUUACCAUCAGAUGGAUGGAUGGAUAGUAAACUAUAGAUAUCCCAGUAUAUCCAGACAUAAAUACACUGUACAUGCCUUUCAGCCAUCUUUCUCCAUUCCAAGCAAAGUACUAUCCACAUUCUCAUUAUCUUUCCAAGCUCCGUCUAACACGCCUAUCAAACGCAUGACCCUACAUCUACCAUCAACAACCACCACACCAGCGAGAGAUGAGCGAAAAUUGGGGUUUGAUCUGGGACAAAACCCCAAAGCUAGAAAGGCUGUUCGAGUGGAGCCCGCUCCAGCGAGUCUACGAAGUGUUUGCAAACCAGGGCCCGGAUAUUCAAGUCGGUCGAAUUGGGGGGAAAUCUGCCUCUGCCUCUAGGACGCGACGCGCCGGGGGCGAUGAAUCGACAAAGAAAAAGAGCACUCCUAGUCGGGAUGGCCGGAGAGAUGCGACUCGGUCGAGGUACCGUGGACCCAUCAACAGCCGGGUGUUGGGUCUUCCGGAAGAGAGGAGUGACCGUUUGAAACGGAGGGAUGACGGUCCUGAUGUGGGGAGUUGGUCGGGGGCUGAGGAUUGCGAUGGUACUGGUGGUGAAGGCGAUAUUAAAGAAGAGCAUGGAGAAGAGAAUGGGGAAGAGCAUGACAAAGAAGGAGAGGAGGAAGAAGAAGAAGAGAGGGGCUGGUUUGGCUUUCUCUGGAGUACACCCUCCAGCGGGGCAAGGGACGAAAGACAGGUAGUCCCGGAGAGGGAUGAGGAUCGUCAUGGAAGGGAGUACCCGGCUGUGUGUUAUCAUGACGCGGCGGAUGAGAAUGCAGGGACAGCGCUUGUGCGGGCCGUUCCUGGUGGAUGGUUCGGGUUUCUCGGGUGGAGUCUCUCCAGAUCGACAAGGGACGUGAGACAGGUAGUGUAGUUCCGCAGAGGGAUGAGGAUCGUCAUGAUAGGGAGUAUCCGGCUGUGGGAUACCAUGAUGCGGUGGACGGGAAUGGAGGGACAGCGCUUAUGCGGUACAUUGGUCGAUUUCUUGGGUUUCUUUGGUGGAUACUCUUCUGGUGGCUAAGGGACGAAAGACAUGCCGUUCCG